AUGCGUAUGUGCAAAUGCUCGGUUGGCUUAAAUACAGGAGGGACCGAGGCCGGCGCCCGGGAGGAGCGUCCGUUUAAAAAGGCCCGCUCCUCAGCCGGGACGCUCUCCUCGCCCGUCCCGUCUAAACCGCUCUCUCCGCUUCUCCCGUUAUGGCUCCUCCGCUGCCCGCCCUUCCUGCGCUCCUUGCUGCGCUUCAAGGCCUUCGUCACGCUCUUCGGCACGCCGCUCGUUCUGCUGCCGCUGCCGCUUCUGAUCGGCACCCAGGAGGCCAAAUGCUGGCUAUGUGAUCAUUCUCAGGCUGUGUACUGGUGCACAGAGGUGAUUCCUUUAGCUGUGACAUCUCUCUUGCCAGUUAUUUUAUUCCCAAUGUUUGGCAUCCUGGAAUCAAAAAAGGUAUGCAUGCAGUACCUAAAGGACACAAAUAUGCUCUUUAUUGGGGGCCUGGUUGUGGCUAUUGCUGUAGCAUGGAACCUGCACAAGCGGAUUGCACUCAGGGUGUUGCAUGUUGGAGUGAAGCCUGCACUCCUGAUGUUGGGAUUUAUGGGGGUUACGGCUUCCCUGUCCAUGUGGAUCAGCAACACAGCAACCACGCCUAUGAUGGUUCCCAUCAUUCAGGCUGUCCUAGAACAGAUGAACAAUUCAGAGCAUGAGUUGGCUGUCAUGGAAUCAACUGCCGGACUCAACAAUGCUAUUGAACUGGAAGGGAAGGUGGCCACAGGAGUCUCCUCUGUGCAAGGCAAUGGAUAUCUUCCUGAUGAUUCUCAAGAGCAAGACAGGAUAGCAAAGAAGCGCACUAACAAGGGAAUGACUCUAUGUGUGUGUUACGCAGCAAGCAUUGGUGGGACAGCCACCCUUACAGGGACAGGCCCUAACUUGGUCCUGAAAGGUCAGAUGAAUCAAUUGUUUCCCAGAAAUGAUGACAUCGUGAAUUUCGCUUCCUGGUUUGGAUUUGCUUUUCCCAAUAUGUUAUUGAUGCUGGCGCUGGCCUGGUUUUGGCUUCAGUUUUCCUUUAUAGGAUUUAACUUUAGGAAAACCUGGGGUUGUGGAAGCCAAAAGACUGAGAAAGAGAAGGCUGCUCUUAACGUGCUGAAGGAGGAAUACCGAAAAUUGGGGCCCAUCUCCUUCGCUGAAAUCAGUGUCCUCAUGAAUUUCACACUGCUCAUUCUCCUCUGGUUCACCCGAGAUCCAGGCUUCGUCCCAGGCUGGGCAACUUUUCUCUUCAAUAAAGACAAAGAGUAUGUAACUGACGCCACGGUGGCCAUGUUUGUGGCCUUACUGCUCUUCAUUCUUCCUUCCAUGAGGCCCAGAUGUGGUUUCUGCAGCCAGAAAAGUUGUGAUUUGGAAGAGGCUGAGGAAGAUAUGAAGGAACCAUUUUUUCCCACCCCGUUGCUGGAUUGGAAAACUGUUCAGAAGAAGAUGCCUUGGAAUAUUGUGCUGCUACUUGGAGGUGGCUUUGCUUUGGCCAGUGGGAGUGAUGCUUCGGGGCUGUCCAGAUGGCUGGGGAAUCAGAUGACACCACUACAUACUAUUCCUCCCUGGGCUAUUGCAGUUAUUCUCUCUAUCGUCAUCGCCAUUUUCACCGAAUGUACCAGUAAUGUGGCCACAGCCACCCUCUUCCUGCCUGUCUUUGCAUCAUUGUCACAGUCCAUUGAAGUCAACCCUUUGUACAUCAUGAUCCCAGCCACUCUUAGUGCUUCAUUCGCCUUCAUGCUUCCUGUAGCAACCCCUCCAAACGCCAUUGUAUUCUCAUACGGCCAUAUCCACGUAUCUGACAUGGUUAAAACUGGAAUUGUGAUGAACAUCAUUGGAGUUAUUUGCGUAACUCUGGCCAUCAACAGCUGGGGUCGUUUCAUGUUCCAGUUAGACACUUUCCCCUCAUGGGCAAACGGCACCUUAGGGAAGUGAAAACAAAGCCAAAAGCAUUCUGCACUUGUACGGACGUCCUGUUCCUUUCUCGCCCCAAUUUUUUUCUCAAACCUUAGUAAACCCACUGAGGUCGAUUUUUUUUUUUUUUUUUUGUCCUGAGAUGGGGCAGACCACCUGGAAAGUAUUCCAGCCACACCUACAUGUUUGUGCUGCUUCCAGAAGAAUCUCUGAGCAAAUAUCUCAGUGGCAUCUCUGCAGCCACUGCUUGCCCAGUUGUGCUUCCAGGCUAACCAGGAGCAGAAUACGGGUUCUUUAGAGACAAAGCAUGGUGACAAAAACUGCUAUGCCUAAACAUAGGAAGAAAGUGGCUUCAGAACAGACUAAAACUACGGUCAUUAAGGUAAAACUGGGAGUAUGUCAAGCACAGGCCUGAUUAAUUCCCCAUAUUGUCUGCGGUGGGCCUGCAAGUUAACCAUUUUCUGCGGCUCCUGCUGCCUGGCUAAACUCACUCACUCAGGCAAAUCUUGUCUGGGAAGGCCCGGCAAAUGUCUCAAGACAAGAAGAAUGUCUCUUCCACACUGGCAUGCUGAUCUGGACUAUAUGGGCUAACAACAGCCUGCUGUGUUCUGAUAUUGGUAGUUCCUAGCCAGGCAGAAAUGCAAUUGUCUCUUCCCAACCCUUUUGCAGGCCCGGAGCUAGGCAGGUGUUAAGUGAAAAAGCAGAAGGGGAUAUGGAUAGGCAAGGGUGAGCUUGAAAGGGAGAAAGUAAAUGCAAAACAGUCAGAGCUAAACACGGGUAGCUUACCGUAAUAUGUUUAAUAUUAUUUAAGUUGCCUUAAAAUCAACGCAAUGCAAUUUUCAUUUUGUGCAUCUGACAAAUAUACAUUUUACAUACUGUAUGUCGGUGCCUUUGAAUUCAGUGGCUGGAAGGCAGCUGAUCAGUGAGCUAUUGGAUAAAAUCUUCCAUUGAGAAAAGAGGCAGAGAGGACCUUCUUUAAAAUGUUACAUAAAUAUUCAUGGAAAACAUCUGGAGUAUCCUCAUAUACAUCCUAUUUCUUCCCAUUCCCUAAGUUCUCCUUGCCUGGCCUUCUGCCUAUCAGAAGUCAUGAUUUCAAAUGUUUCUUUGCAAGAAUCAGGAGGAAGGGCUUGGAACUUGGAACACAAAUAUAUAAAGCAGAUGUUUACAUUAGUUUUCCGAUAGUAGCUUGCCUGACUUUGGAAACUUGCAAGAAUGAAUGUCACAAAAUAAUAAUUAUUUUUUAAUUGAUGAACUUAUUUGAUGUUUUUCCUUGCUGUCUUCAAUCAGUAUGGGUGACUUUAAAAUAAAUUUUAAUUCUUCAGUUAAAGAUCCAAUGCUACCUAAAUUUCCAAUUCUGACAGAUAUUUAUGUGAUGAAGUUGAAUAGCUGUACCCUUGAGUACUGAAUAGGCAGGAAACCCUGUAACCUGAUUCUGAGCCAAGCUAUUACAUGGUUUGCUUUGUUUCAAUACAGCAUGUUGGAUGAAUCUGGCUAUUGUGGCUUAGCCUGCAGUAUAAAUACAUGGAUAGUCAUACGAUUCUUGAAAUAGCUUAUCCUGGCCAACUUCACUAGUGAUUGUAUGGAAAGUGGGAUGCGUUGCCUUCCAGGGUCAUAAGGACUGGAGAUUUCUGGUCAUAUAACUCCUGAGAAGAGACCAAAGGGUGAUAGCUACCUCCUAUCUUCCCCAUUUCAUAUAGGUUCGUAACAUAUCUCAUUAUUCAUUUUGUGAACUGGCACCAUCAGCUUACAUGGUGUUUGAGGGAAUAGAAGCUGUGUACUCCUUGCAGGAUCCCACCUCCUGGUCAGGGGUCUCAGUAUUUUUCAGCCUUCUUGAAAGAGUGUGCGCAUCAAUGGGUACUGUUCAAUUGUUCCUUUUUUAAAGUUCUCUUUGUAAAGAUUUUAUCUUUCAUGAACUUGUAGCCAAGAUUUUGUUGUUCUAACUUAACUAUUAUAAAAAAAAAUAAAAGUAGUAAUGGUUUCACCAUC